ACAAAGUGUCUACGUGCCGUUGUGAACUCAUUAUAGCUUCUGCUAAAUCUGCGCUCAUUCUUAUGAUUCUUGAUGAGCAGACACGGACAUUCACGUUUGUAGCUUCCUAGUCAGUGUAUGCACGAACGUGUGAGAGAUGGCGGCCUUGAUGUCAGUUGCAGCUGUGGUGCUGGUAGCGGUGACAGCUUUGGUGGUCGUCAUACUGCUUCCCGAGUCUCCAACUCCACUCACAACCUCCAUUGAUGCAGAAUACGAUUAUAUUAUAGUGGGGGCGGGGUCAGCGGGCUGCGUGCUGGCCAGUCGGCUGUCCGAAGAUGAUGACGUGCGUGUCUUGCUGCUGGAGGCGGGGCCAGACGACCAGGGCGUGACAGAUUUUUCUGUUCCUCUUUAUGGCGCGCAGCAUAUGUGGACCAAAGACUUCAGCUGGGACUUUUACAUUGAAUCGCAGAACCACAGCCUAGAAGGCUAUAAACAAAAGAAAAUGGUAUGGCCACGAGGAAAGGUUCUGGGGGGAAGUUCCAACCUCAAUGGCAUGAUCUACAUCCGGGGCAGUCGCCAUGAUUAUGAAUGGGCCAAAGCCGGUGCGGAAGGCUGGAGUUACCAGGAUGUAUUGCCUUAUUUCUUGAAGUCGGAAGACAUACUCAGUCCUGAUUUGUUGGAUUCCAAGUACCAUGGGAAAGGAGGCCCUCUAAAGGUGGAUAUUCCGGACACCACACAACUUGCACAAGAGGUCUUACUUGCUGGAAAGGAGCUGGGCUACCCCGAGGUGGAUCCCAACGGCGAGACUAUGCUAGGUUUCAGCAAGAUCAAAGUUCACGCUGACCUACCCGUGGGUGAUAACCUGCAGGAUCACCUCUUUAUGGACAUCGGUAUUAGCAUCAACGAGUCCAUCGGUGCGACCGAGGAGAAGGCAAGCAGUUUGUGGGAGCGUGCCAAGUACUGGCUCUUUGGGAAAGGAAUCCUCAGCUCCACGUACACCAUAGAGACCCUUGCUUUCUUUGCCACCAAUGAAGAAAAAAGACAGCUGGGAUGGCCAGAUGUUCAGCUUCAUGUGUUUACUUCCCUUUCCAUUAUUGCUCCCCACAUUCUAACUGAGGAGAACCUACAACGACAGUCUGGAAGAAAAAAUAAAGUCGGACUGUCAUGCUUAUCCACGCUGCUGAACUCUCUCAGCGUGGGGUCACUGCGCCUGCGCAGUGGGAAUCCUCUGGAUGACCCCGUCAUUGACCCGCACUAUUUAGAGAGGUCAGAGGACGUGGAGGUCAUUCUGUACGGUAUAAAAGUCUGUAAGGAGCUGAUGAACACUUCUGCUUUACGGAAAUUUGGAGCGGAACUGGCAGACAAACCAGUGAGCGCAUGCGCGAAGACGUACGAGCUGGACUCUGACGAUUACUGGCGCUGCGCCAUUCGCUACUCCGUGCACACGUGCUACCACCCUACUGGCACGUGCAAAAUGGGUGACGUCACUGACAACACCACGGUGGUCGACAGUCAGCUGAGGGUCAAAGGCAUCCGCGGCCUGCGUGUGGCGGACGCCUCCAUCAUGCCCACCAUAGUCUCCGGCAACACCAACGCCCCCGUCAUCAUGAUCGCGGAAAAAGCCGCCGACCUCAUCCGAGGCCGCUCCGCCGUGUGACGCCAGCAGCAGAUCACGUGAUGAAUAAUGUCUGGAAGAGGUGUUGAAUACUUAUAUCGACAUGACCUUGAACUGCUUGAAGCUUUUUCGUUGACUGAUCCUUCCUUUCCUUCAUAUUCCUCUUACUAACAUUAAAUUCAUUCAUUUGUGAUCGAUUGCAUUCACCUACCACCAACCAAUCCUCCGUUAUCCAAGAAGCCUCCUCCUAUUUAUCAUCCGUCAUCCAUGACCCACCCUUACACCACAUCCAUUAUCACACAUCUAUUUUUCAUUCUUCCUUCAGCUGUCAUCUAUUUGUUCAUCAUCCAUCAUCCACCCAUCCAAAAAAUCGUCCACCUAUCCGUCAUUUAUCCAGAAAACUUUCCUCGACAGAAAGCUGAUGUUUAAAAAUUGUAACGGCACAUUUUACUGACUUUUAAACGACAGCCGUCUUGAUUUUUACACCAUUAGGUAUUGUACAGCAUGGUUAAAUGCAUGCAGGUUAAAAUUAUUAGUAAAUUUGUUGUUUGUAUUUCGUCUUCCGUAAGUAUUUAAUCCCGGUGGCGAGGAUGUGGCUAAGGGUGUGGAGAGAGAGAGGGAGAGAGUUGUGUGUACAUGUGUGUGUGUGCUUGCAUAUUUGACUGUAAAGUGGAUGGAGUUGUUCUACAGUUGCUAUUAACCAUCCACAGCGAGCUGCUCGUUUUUAAAGCAUUUUUACAUAUUGCUUGAAGCAGAUAAACAGUGUUUUAAUAUUGUCUCUUAUCGCAUAUGAAGCGCUUGAGUCACAUCAGACACUGACACGUGAUGAUGUUCGUUUUUGCGAGUCUUUUCAGAGCUUAGUAUACUUCGGAAGCAUCAUCUUUUGAACCAGCAGACGCUAGUCCGCACAGAGAUUUUGUAGUUUGUUCCUAACCUGUUGUCUGGAAAUCUAGAAAAAGAAAAAUGCAUGAUUUUCUGAAAGAAAUGAAAAAGAAAUUGUUCAUUCUGUCUACCAGGUUGAGACAAAUGUGACAUGAUAAACCGUGUGAUGCUUAUUGCUUACAAGGUUAAACAAUUUAAUGCUUACAUUGAUUACAAUGUUAAUUUACUAUUUUCUCCCAAAACCUCUGGCAUGAAAAUAAAAAAAUCCAAAAUACA